GUCCGGAGUUCAGUCAGUGAGAGAAAGCGCUUCUCUGUGCUUAGGGCUGUGUUACGUGCGGGAAAUAGUAAAUAACGACUCUGCGCGUAUAUGCGAAGUAAAAAUCACCCGUUUUCCCACCCUGACAGCUACAAGGAAAAGGAGAAGACAGAAUGCGGCAUUGUUGCUGACCAACCUCCGCUGUCUCUCUCUUGUGUGGACUUUGACGAGGACGUCGGGACAAGGACAAAAAUGCCACUACGGGAAUCAGUAACUCUCGGACGAGGAGAGGGACAGAAAAAAAUCAUCUUUUAAAAAAAAAAUCACUUUGGAUCUACCUUUUUAAAAUGACUAUUAUUUUACUGCAACACAUCUGGAUUUUUUUUUUCUUUUUUAAAUCAUAAAGCUGAACAGUUUCUCCUGACGAACGGUGACUCACUGCAGGCAGAAGGCGAGCCGCUGCAUUCUAAUCAGACAGCGGAGAGGACUUCAGCUCAUUGACAUUACAGUCAUACUUUUCUGGAGCACUUUUUUUUUUAUUUCCACUGCGCUGCACUGUAGCCUGCGUGUGCACAUCGGAGGGCUUGUGGCAUUUUUCUCCCGCACACGGAGACAGGAGAGAAGGGUUGGUUUUUACCUAUGCUGAAGUAAGGGGAUGAAACUCUCCCUGAACCCUGCUGGAACUGACUGUUUUCCUCUCUCUUUUUUUGUCCUGUUUAUUUUUCGGACUAUCAUCCCAGCAGUUUCUGUCCUUUGGUGGCAUGAGUGAACACUUACAAUGACUAUUCUGUUCGGAGACUGGAUUGCGAUUAUUGCUCAGAUGAGUCUGGGUGCUCAGCUGAAUAUAAAUUAGGUGUUCAGCACCACAGAUUGCUCGCAGAGGAAGAGAGCGACAAAGCAAAGACAAUCCACAAAGACAAAUGUCAAGGCCUCACAUGAUGAACAGGACUCUUUAUUUAAUCCCGAAUAAUAGAAAUACCAAAUUUGAACAAGAUAUCAACAGGUCAACGGAGGCGUAAACACAACACAGACUGUAGCAGCUUUUACUGAGUGGAGAUGUAUCUUUCGAUUUUCUUUUUCCUGCUCUUGUGGGCUCAAGCCCUGACAUUGAAAAACUUGAAUUACUCUGUCCCGGAGGAACAGGGUCCGGGGACGGUGAUUGGGAACAUUGCCAAAGAUGCCAGACUUGGGCUCGAACAAACUGGGCAGGGAGGACAGGGUAAGAAAGCCAACUUCAGGGUCCUGGAGAACUCAGCCCCGCAUCUCAUCGACGUGGACCCCCAAAGCGGACUGCUGUACACAAAGCAGCGCAUCGACAGGGAAACAUUGUGUAAGAGAAACCCCAAGUGCCAGCUCUCCAUGGAGGUGUUUGCCAAUGACAAGGAGAUAUGUAUGAUCAAAAUAGAUAUUCAGGACAUUAACGACAACUCACCUACGUUCCCUUCUGAUCAGAUUGAUAUUGACAUUUCAGAAAAUGCAGUGCCAGGAACACGCUUUCCCCUGACCAGCGCGCAUGACCCAGAUGCAGGAGAAAACGGCCUGAAAACCUAUCAAAUAACACGCGAUGACUACAAUCUCUUUUCCUUGGAGGUAAAAUCCCGCGGGGACGGGACUAAAUUCCCAGAAUUAGUUAUCCAACGACCACUGGACCGAGAAGAGCGAAGCCAUCACACUCUUAUUUUAUCAGCUACUGAUGGUGGGGAAUAUCCUCGGUCAGGUACCAUGCAGAUAAAUGUCAAAGUUAUUGAUUCUAAUGAUAACAGCCCCGUAUUUGAUCAGUCCUCGUAUGUUGUGGAAAUUCCUGAAAAUUCGCCUCCUGGUAAAGUAUUGAUUGAUUUAAAUGCCACUGAUCCUGAUGAGGGCAACAAUGGACAAGUAGUCUAUUCUUUUAGUGGCUAUGCCCCAGAGAGAAUCCGGGAGCUCUUCUCCAUAGAUUCCAGAACAGGGGUCAUAAAGAUUCAGGGUGAAAUUGACUACGAAGAGAGCCCGGUUAUUGAGAUUGACGUCCAGGCAAAGGAUCUGGGUCCCAAUCCAAUCCCAGGCCAUUGUAAAGUCAGUGUUAAAGUGCUUGACAGGAAUGAUAACUGGCCAUCUAUAGGCUUUGUGUCUGUGAGACAGGGAGCCAUCAGUGAGGCAGCACCUCCAGGCACUGUCAUUGCUCUCGUCCGUGUCACAGACAAGGACUCAGGCAGGAAUGGGCAGCUUCAGUGCAGAGUGCUGGGUAAUGUCCCUUUCAAACUUGAGGAGAACUAUGACAACUUCUACACAGUGGUGACAGACAGGCCUUUGGACAGGGAAGUGCAGGAUGAGUACAAUGUCACCAUUGUCGCCAAAGACAAUGGCAUUCCUCCUCUAAACUCCACAAAAUCCUUCACCGUAAAAAUUCUGGAUGAGAAUGACAAUGUUCCUCGCUUUACCAAGUCAGUCUACCUUCUUCAGAUCCCAGAGAACAACAUCCCUGGAGAGUACCUAGGCUCAGUUCUGGCACAUGACCCAGACCUCGGCCAGAAUGGCACAGUGUACUACAGCAUAAUCAACUCCAAUGUGAGUGGGGGAGAUGUCAACACCUAUGUUAAUGUGAAUGCUGCUAAUGGAGCCAUCUAUGCUGUGAGAUCUUUUAACUAUGAGCAAAUAAAGUACUUUGACUUUAAGGUUCUUGCUAAAGAUGCAGGGUCUCCACACCUAGAGAGCAAUGCCACGGUGCGCAUCAGUGUUCUGGACGUCAAUGACAACAUCCCUGUUAUAGUUUUGCCACUUCUGCAGAAUGAUACAGCCGAAAUCCACGUUCCACGCAAUGUUGGUGUGGGCUACAUUGUUACCACGGUGAAGGCCGUGGAUAAUGACUACGGCGAGAGUGGGAGACUCACCUAUGAGAUCUCAGAUGGCAAUGAGGAGCACCUCUUUGAGAUUGAUCCAGUGACUGGAGAUGUGCGAACAGCCCACCCGUUCUGGGACGACGUGAGCCCCAUUGUGGAGCUGAUCAUUCGCGUAUCGGACCACGGCAAGCCGACUCUGACCGCUGCCGCCAGACUCAUCAUCAAGGCCUCCAACGGACGCCCUCCUGAUGGACUGCCACACAUGAAAGACAAUCAGAACUGGGACAUGUCUCUACCUCUUAUUGUAACCCUGAGCAUCAUAUCCAUAAUGCUCCUGGCCGCCAUGGUGACCAUAGCUAUCAAGUGCAAGCGGGAAAACAAGGAGAUUCGUACUUAUAACUGUCGCAUUGCAGAGUACUCGCACCCUCAGCUGGGGAAAGGCAAGAAGAAGAAGAUUAACAAGAACGACAUCAUGCUGGUGCAGAGCGAGGUGGAGGAGCGGGAUGCCAUGAAUGUGAUGAAUGUGGUAAGCAGCCCUUCCUUGGCCACCUCUCCCAUGUACUUUGACUACCAGACACGCCUGCCACUCAGCUCACCAAGGUCAGAGGUCAUGUACCUCAAGCCCACUGCCAAUAACCUCAGCGUGCCCCAAGGCCACGUGGGAUGCCACACCAGCUUCACAGGCCCAGUCACCAGCACUACAGACACACCUACUAACCGCAUGUCCAUCAUACAGACGGACAAUUUCCCCACUGAGCCUAAUUAUAUGGGCAGCAGACAACAGUUUGUUCAAAGUAGCUCCACAUUCAAAGACCCGGAGCGAGCGAGCCUCAGAGACAGCGGUCAUGGUGACAGCGACCAGGCUGACAGCGACCAGGACACCAACAAAGGCUCCUGCUGCGAUAUGUCUGCGAAAGAAGCCCUCAAGUUGAAGGCUGCAAGUGUGAAACCGCCACCUUUGGAGCAAGAUGAGGAUUGUGUGAACUGUACAGAGGAGUGCAGAGUACUGGGUCAUUCUGACCGCUGCUGGAUGCCCCAGUUCCCUGCCGGAGGAAACCAGGCAGAGGGCAUCGACUACCGCAACAAUAUGUUUGUGCCAGCAGGAAUGGAGACUGUGCCUGAGACAGAGACCUACGAGACUGUCAACCCAAAUGGAAAGAAAACGUUCUGUACUUUUGGCAAAGAGAGGCGUGACCACACCAUUCUGGUUGCCAACGUCAAGCCCUACUUGAAGGCAAAACGCGCCCUCAGCCCACUGCUCCAAGAGGUGCCCUCGGCCUCGAGCAGUCCUACGAAGGGCUGCUCCACCAUGUCGCCCUGCUCGUCAGUCAAAAGCCCAGCUGAUGGAGCUGAAGGCAAACCUCCUCCAGCCACCUGCUCCGGCCACUACGGGCCACCUGAUGGUCAGUACCUGUCACCAACCAAACAAACCAGAGACCAGGGGGUCUACCCAUCCUUGCCUCCCUCAGACCCCGUGGCCAAAGUGCUCGCAGAGGCCCGCUCCAGGAUCAGCCAAGAGGCAGCAGGUGAAAUGGAGUGUGUCCUGGAGCAGGUGGAGCCGGACGGGAAUCGCGACGGAAUGGACGCUGACCAGGUGGUGAGAGACAUCGACAAACUAUUGCAGGACUGCAGAGGAAGUGAGGCCACCGGCACACUCAGGAAGUGACACAAAGGACUGCGACAAAAAGAAGUGGGAAGGUAGAGAGAGGAGUAGGAUGCUAUUCCAAAAGACUCUCACGCCAAAACUGUCACCAAAACAAAAUGAAAAGUUUGAAUGGCUCUUACGACAGGAGCUCUUUUCACUGCAUUUGUUGUAGAAAAGUACCAACUCUGGACAGACAAACUUUAUUAUGUCAGUCGUUUGGCACCAGUUUUGAUGCUAAGAUCCCGACCAACAAAAUGAACUCGGUACCAAGCUUCUGAACUCUUCUGAAUUUAUAAACUCUUUCUUUUGUUUUGGCUUCUUAAACAAAUUGCAGAGGUUCAAGCCUCUGGCACCUCGCAAGCUAUUAUCUAAGUGCCCACCAGCUCAUAUGUGUGUUGUUCAUGGUCUAUUGUGAAAUCCUACAUAUCCAAGUAUGUGUAGGGGAAUUUCUGUUAUGUGUGAUGGACAUAGAAACUGAACGAAAAUGGACUAUUUAUGGUCAGACGUGACAAUCGGCGCGGAAACAGAAAUAAAUUCAAAUCUGUUCGGGACAGUGGAGGACCGGAAUACACAAAACAACCUUAUCUUUUUUGAAUUUAAUAUAGGUGUUUAACAUGUGAUGGAUCCAGUGUCUGAAGAGACUGGUUAAUCAGAGGUGUGUUCACAUGGGCUUUGUUCUGGACUUGGGGUUGGAGCGACUGAAAAGCUCUGCUGAAGGAGAAUUAUUAACAGUGUAACCAUGUUUCACCUGUCAUUUGUAGCUACAUGUGUAAGCUGUGUCUGUCUCACACCUCUAUUUAAAUGUUCAUGUUGCUGACGAGUGUAGUUGCACGCAUCAGUUUUACACAUGUGCACUACACUUUGCACAUACAUAUUGCUGACACACUCACAUGCACUGACGCACACACAAACACACACAAACACACAUAUACACAAGAAUGCUUAAACACAACUGCCCAUCUGUGGAUUUGUCUUAUACAUGUACAUCAUCAGCUUUCAGUCCCUUGUGUACAGUGAAUUAUCAUGUGUGUGACUAUGCCUUAAGGCAAUCACGAGUUGUAUAAAAAGGGACAUUUUUCCUCAACUGUGAAAAGAUGAUAUCUAUAUGAUUAUAUAGAUGACUGUAUGUAUGAAUCCAUGUAUAGUGUCCAAAUAUUAUCAAAAUAUUUAUACAUUUUGUAAGAAAAAAAGAAAUGAGGAAUCUCAACAAAAGGUGUCCUGGAGUUAAGGUCAAGAGCGUAUUAACUCAAAGAACUGCAAAGGACACUGCCAUUGUUUCGAAGACAAAUAUCCGAAAAAUAUAAAGAAACAAGAAAAUGUCCCUUCACAUUAUCACUAUACAUAAUAUCAUUAUAUGUGUAAAUGUAUCCAAUUUAGAUGUGUUUUACAUCAAAAAAUUGACAUAUUUUUUAUUGAUUUUACUGCAAUUUCUGUGCAUUUGAGCCAAAUUGUUAUGUGUACAAAAGCUAUAUUGUGUAUUUUAUUAAAUUAAUAUAUAGUUGUGUUGCAAUAUACAUGGGCUUAUAUUGUAUUUGGCAAAAGUUGCCUUAGUAGCUGUCGAACUCUGUGAGUUUGCUUUAGUUUGGGUUUUUUUGUUGGUGUUUUUUUUUUUCAUCUCUAUUCUGCAUCUUUGCAGGCUGGCUUCAGUGCUUUUGAGAUGUCGCCUCUUUUUACCCUGAGAUCCAGCUGGAUCAAAUACAAUAACUGUUGAAAGCUUAAUGAGCCAGCUGAUCUAGAAUACAAUUCAAACCAACUACAAAAAGCAACAACCACAAGAUAACAGUUUGAAUAUUUUUACUGAGCAGAUUUUUACAGGGCAGCUAUUUUCUUUAACAAUAACUAGUAUGCGUAGUUUGUGUUCAUUAUGUUUUUACUUUCUUUCCAAAAAAGAAACCUGCCAUAUGGAAAGUGGAGUGGUUUCCUUGGUGAUCAUAAAACUGCCUUACUGUCUCUGCAGAGAGCUUGUUGUAUCUGUGGAGCUUGUGACUGCUUAUAAAGCCCUGGUCCACCAGAAUGUGCAUUUUCUAUAAAGGACCAAAAGAGGUUCUUUUUCAGCAGUCUGUGUUGUUUAUGUAUGUACUCCUCAAUACAUGUUAGAAUUCUCAUACUUUGCAGAGAAACUUGACAUCUGAAAUUCUAUCUGAAGUUCCUUUAGAUUUGAUGUCUUUAGCUGUUUAGAUACAUGGUUUAUACAACCAGGUGUCUUCUCAUUCAGGCUUUCUUAAAAAAAAAAUAUACAGACAUUUAUUUUUGAAAAUUUUGGCACAUUUCGGCCACUCUCUGAAAUAAUAGUGGGAGGUGCUUUUUCUAAUAUUCUCUGACAGUAAAAUACGCAGAACAGUAGGCUACUAGACUAGAUAUGUUUUGGAAAAUGUGACCACAAUCACCAAAUGUAUGUCAGAUAUAGCCAUGAGAGGGAACAGUGACUUACAUCCAUAUGGCUCCUGGUGUGUGUUCGCUGGAGAACGAGUGUCUGAGCUGAAUUGGGAUCUCAACAGCAGAUGUAACACAUUCUGUCCUGUAGACUUAUCUCAUCUGAGUGUUUUGGUGUUUCUCUUCUUGCUUCCUUUUUCUUAAUUGAGUUGCAUGUUUGGACAUUCUCUUGUCAAUCUGCCAUUCUGCUGUAUCCUUUGCCUUCUUGCCAUCUUUCUUUUUUUUUGUAUUUUUAUCAUUCAUGAGCUUACAUCCCUCCUCUUCAGCUGUUCGCUUUCUCACCUCAGAGGAGCAAACUAACUGUUGCCUUUUCUCCUCUCUUUCGUCUGUAAAGUAUUUGGUUUCGGUUUACCCUUGCUCUUUUCCGAGGAGAUGGCAGAGGCUUUUUUUAGAGAAGGCUUGGAGGAUAUGACAGAGGAGGAGGAAAGAAAAUAUUUAUGGUUCUUUUUUAGAUUAGAUUUUUUUUCGUUGUUAUUUCUCUCAAAUAUCUGGAUAAAUCAAGCAAACCUGGCAUCCACAUCAUACAAACUGUCAAAAUGUGCUGUUCAAAGUGCUCACUACAACUGUGAUCUCAACAAAUAAUGUCGUCGCACACACAUACACAAAAACACAGAGGCACUUGAGCAACACCCUGCCUUUCAUUUAGAUGCACAGCCUGUCAAAAGGUAAAGGCUGAAAGAGAGGGCAAAACACUGCCCAGACAAAUGUGACACUUCCACACUUGUCUUCAUGGUUUAUUUUCUUUUUAUCUCAUUAUGCUCAGUCUUCAUGCUAGAAUAAGCAUUCUCUACACUGUGUGUGUGUGUGUGUGUGUGUGUGUGUGUGUGUGUGUGUGUGUGCGUGUGUGUGUGUGUGCAUGUGCCUCUUCGCUUUCAUGCCCUUAUUGUUUGACAAAAACAGUUCCUUUCUUCUUUAAUUUCUGUUGCCUCUUUUCUAUAGAUUUAAUUCCAGCCUUUUGCAUUUAACCUCUAUUGCUGUGGUUUCAUUUUGGCAUUAAUUAAAACAGAGUGCAGAGGUCAUUCCAGAAAUUUUUUUUUGUUUCUUUUUUAACUCAGAGCCGGGCUGCCGCAGUCACUGUUGCAAUUGAGGCACGUUUAAAGUGCUGUCCUCUCUAAUGGUGUUCCCUAGACCCAGUUACUGUCUGCACACUCACAAAGUGAGGGUAAGGAAAUGAGCUGGGUCUGGUGGAAAGGAGGUAUUCUUUAAAGCCAUCACCCCUCUCCCGAGCUAUUUGCUGUUUAAUAGAGCAGAGGCUGCUGUUGGGGUCAACACAUAGUUGGAGACUGAGGAUAAUUUAAGGCCUCUCAUCAUUGUCUAAUUACACACUGUUGGCAUCAUACACUGUUGGCAGUGCAUUACUCAAAUCUAGAGUGGGUUAUUUUUGUCCACUUGAGACUGUUGGUUUUACCAAGUGAUUAGGACAGGGCCUUGUUGAAUGUGGCUAAACACCUCUGGUCUCUGACUCACACUGAUGCAGGUGCACACGGACUCAAGACAGCAACUGCUUCACACACACAUAGAGACAACAUGCCUUUUUCGGUUAGUUAAAACAAGCACCCGGUGUUUGUCAGUGUUGUCCCCUCACCCCCAGGCCCACACUGAUAGCAUAGGGCUCCACACUACAAUGGGCAGCUGGUGAAAAAGACCAGAGACAUUCAUUUGUAUGGAUUAUUUCAACUGCUAUUGUCUAAAGGCUGUGUUCAUUGUGAUCUAUCUGAAAAAAAAAAUAUGAAAAGAUAAAAUAAAAAAGCAAUUACUAAUAAC